GAAGAAAUUGACAGCUCGCCAGAGCGGAAGUAUCUGCUGCCUCAGCGCGCGCAGCCGCAAUGACGCUGUCCUGCGCAAUCUCUUCUCUUCGGGAGAAAACUUAAGGGCGGAAAAUGACUUCAGAAGAGGCUUGGUUUGGAAAAUAAAAGAUGUCUGUUCCAAGAAAGACAAAUUUGCUCCCCGCUAAGUCAGCACUUUUACCGAAUCGCUGUGGGGCGGGAUAGCUUCUAGUCUUCCGGGUGAUUACCGGAGAUAGGGGAUUCUUGCAGAAAGCAUCUUUGCUACUGAAAACAUCUCAGAUCCUCCCUUGGGUGUAUCCAAUCUGGUGCAGCUACAAGAAUUUGUAACUAACCACAAAAUGGAUUUUAAAGUGCCUGAACCAAUGGAGUGAUGAGGAUUUGCUACCUACUAUAUGAUUCUAUAUGUCUGUAUUUUCUUAAUUUUGAAAUUGCCUGGAGGGGAACUAAGCCUCUAGGUUUAUUUCUAUUUUGGAGGACUCCAAAGGACCAGAGGUGAUUUUUCUUUUUAAUGUGCUUGAUUGAGCUAUAAAUGUAAACAGAGAAGUUAGUGUUCUUUGGGAAGCAGAGGUUUAUUAAGGACAGAAUUGUCUGAUAGAAGGUCUGAUUAAAGUGUUGUAUAUAAUUGAAAUAUUAUGCCUUGUCUCUCAAGUAAUUUUAAGUUCCUUUGGGAUAUUUUUCACAUUAGCUUUAUGGUUUUGCUGUUUUCUGCUCUCUGUUCUAUGGAUGUCAGGUUUUCAUCAAUAUGUAUUUAUAAUACUUUGGUAUAACUUUAACAGCUUCCACUUCUUUAUAUCCAUUUUCACUUAUUUUUUUAGGAUAUGUUUGUUAGAGCAUCAAAGUCAUUUACAUUUUCUUCCCCAGCAUGGUUAAAAAAGUAAUUUCUAUCCUCUAAAAUAUUAAUAACAACUUCAUCUAAAUCAACAUAACUCUUUUAAAUGUGAUUAAGAUUUCCAAAAUUCCCUAUAUUUUUUAUUUAUUUACUUUUCUUCCUUAUACUAGAUUCAAGCCUCCUUGGUAGUAAGCUUUUCUGUAUUGCUCAUUGUGUUCCAGUGCCUAGUAUGAUAAUAUAGGAGAUACACAGACCAAAUUUUUUUUUGCUAAUAGAAUGAAAUAUCUGAUCCAUCUAGAAAGAACAUGAAUAUAAUCUAAAUCCUACAAUGAUUUGUGAGAGAGAAGAGGUUGAAUGUCACCUUAAAAUGAGAUAGAUCCACUUUUCUAUAGAUUUCCUCUCUAAGGAUGGUGUCAAUUGUUAUGAGGAACUUGCCACCAGUUUGAUUUUUAUGUUGACUUUAAAGGAGAAAUUAUGACCUUUCAAGUAAUUACAUUAUUUCUUUUUGUUCCAUAAAGUGUUGAAGAAUGUUUUCUGUCUGCUUCAUCUAAAGUUUCCAGGAUGAUCUAUGUCUUCUCUUUUGAAGAUGAAACUUUUUCACUUGUGCUUAAUUAUGUCUGAUUUUACUUAUUCUAUAGAUAUUAGAGUUUAACUUACUAACCUAUGCAUAGUGCUUUACUUAACUGUAUAAAAUGUGAAACUAUGCUUAUACAUGAAAAUACUCAAAAGUAUUAAAAAAAAAGUUUUUUUAGUUGUAGGUGGACACGAUAUCUUUAUUUAUCUAUUUUUAUGUGGUGCUGAGGAUUGAACCCAGUGCCUCAUGCAUGCAAGGCAAGUGCUCUACCACUAAGCUACAACCCCAGCUCUAAUCCAAACGUUGGAUUUUCAUUUCUUAGAGUUUUAUUAUGCUCAUAUAUUUUUGUAACAGAAGGUAACUUGAAAAUAAAUUCUAUGCAAUUCUGAUUGGCCAAAUUUAUGGCAUAUUUUAGUUAAUUAAUUUUUGAGAUGGAUGAUUGUCUAAGAUAAUUAAAAGGAUUAACUAAAGUUUUCCUAAAGUAUCUGCCUCCUUCAAUUCUGAAAUAUAUUAUCUGCUUUUGAGUUUUACACAUUUUCUAAAUGCUGUCUUUUGGGGAGUUAUGUUUAUGUUUACCCUAAAAGUAAAGCCUCUGCCAUAUUACUAUCAUCUUAAAAUAUAGUUGUUCUUUUCCCCAAAAUCCAUUAGAAAUAUAGAAACACUCUGAAUUUAUGAAAGAAUUACUCUACUGUGAUUGUUCCAUGAAUAUCUGUAAAACCAGUGAAUGGAAGAUUGGAGAGAGCAGUAAAUUCCCCAGUGCAGUAACAAGUCUUCCGAAGGCUUCUUUUGUAUUAUUAAGGAGUAUGACAGGACACUGCUAAUCCUGUUUGUUUGAAAAUUCUCUUUAAUAAACUUUCAAGUUCCUUAAAGAGCUUCUUUUUCUUUGGAGACGAUGGAAGAAGUACUGCUUAUAUUUGGGGGGUAGAAAAUUAUGGAAGUUAAAAAAUAGCAAACAUCCCUCCAAAAAGCAAACUUCUCUAUUGCUAUAUUACCAUAUAUUUUAAAAGUAAAAAGCAGGUUAACAGUUCCUAUAUCAAGUAGAUGCUUCUAUUAAAAAAUAUAUAAAAACUUAACCAAUAGUGGUUUAAACAAUAAGAAAAUCUAUUGUCUCAAAAACCAAGUAGACUAGAGUAUCCUGUCCAGUAAAAAUCUAAUGUGGGCUCCAUAUGUGAGCCACAGAUGUAAUUUUAAAUUAUAUAGGGGAUGGGGGUGUGGUUCAGUGGUAGAAUGCUUGCCUAGAAUGCAUGAGGCCCUGGAUUUGAACCACUGCAUCAAAAUUUAUUAAUCAAUUAAUUGAUUAGUAGCCACAUUAGAGUGGCGAAAAGAAACAAGUGAAAUUAAUUUCAAUAACUAUAUACCUAAAAUACUAGCAUAACAUAAUUUAUAUAAAAAUUAUUAUUGAUACAUUUUACAUUCUUGUAUUUUACUAAAUCUUCAAAUCUAGUGUGCAUUUUACACUUAUAACUCAGUUUAAAGUAGCCAUUUUUCAUGUGCUCAAUAACCACAUGUAGCAGAUGAUGAUCCUUGAAGAAUAAUUGCCUUGGGGCAUGAUACAAUCAUGACUAACACAAACUGUUUUUCUCUUCUAAUUUUGAAGAAUAAGUGUCUAUUUACACUUUUUUUAUUAUCCUUUCAGUCUGCCCUCUUCUCCUUUUAAAUGUCCAAGAGUUGUGGUCACAAGAAACAUGUUGGCAGUGACUGAAAAACUCCUUACUAGUCCAUGACAAGAGUAGCCUUCCCUAAACCAAAGUCUUUUGAUUGGAUUGCACUGACUUGGUCAUGGAUCUAUCUAUGACUCAAUAAUGCCUACUGAGAAAAUAUGCUAUGACUUUCUUAAAAUUGUGAGGCGAUUAUAUUUGGUAAUAUGGGAAUGGAAUCUACUGAUAACUAUUAGGCAGAGGUCAAGGAUCCUGCUGAACAUACUGAAAGGCACAGAACAGUCCCCACACCACAACAAAGAAUUAGCUGUCUCUAAAUAUUAGCAGAGUUGCCAGGCACAGUGGUGUACACCUGUAAUCCCAGUGGCUCUGGAGGCUGAGACAGGAGAAUUGUGAGUUCAAAACCAGACUCAGCAACAGUAAGGCACUAAGCAACUCAGUGAGACCCUGUUUCUAAUAAAAUACAAAAUAGGGCUAGGGAUGUGGCUCAGUGGUUAAGUACCCCUGAGUUCAAUCCCUAGUACCAAAAAGGAAAAAAAAAAAAGAGUUGAGAGAUCCUACAUUAAGCUUAUUAUUUAAGCCUGUAUCCCUCAGUGAGGGAUUCUUGGUUUAUAUUGAUCAGAAUCUACUACAGCUAUGAAUAGAUUAAACUUCCCUUUAGGUAUAUGGAGGGUGGACACCAAAACUAAAAGGAAAUAUUAAAAGAAAGGAAAGGGGACUGACAAACCAAUAAUAUCAAUGAAAUACAAAAAAAGGCUGGGGAUGUGGCUCAGUGGUUAAUUGCCCCUGAGUUCAAUACCUGGUACCAAAAAAAGUAUAUACAUAUUGAAAACUAUUAAUAGGCAUCAAAUUUAAAUUCUUAUAUCUAAUUAUAUAAUGCAAUUACUGGUGAUUUUAGUUUUAUAAGUAUUUUCUACAUUUUUAUAGAGCAAAUUUAUUGUGUUGAACUUGUGGUAAACUUUUCUUUUAAUAAUGUACAAUUCUUUUUCAAUGAAUAAUUUCUCUAGUAACCUUUUUUUUUUUUUUAAGAAGAAGAAGCUUCAGUAUUAUAUUGUCUUCUUCAAAAACAGAAUAUCAAGGUCUGGGGAUGUAUCUUAGUGACAGAGUGCCUGCCUAGCAUGCAUGAGGCCAUAGUUUGAUCCCCAGCACAAAGGGCAAAAAAGAGACAAGGGGAAAAAUUCUGCAAGAAUCUUAAGUUAACAUUUAAUAAACUAAAACGUUUGGUUUAGAUUCUGUGGAAAGACUUUUAUUUUAUUUUGUCCAACUUAAAUCGUGAUUUGCACCCUUUCAUACUAAAGCAAAUAAAUUUGCACCCUUUCAUACUGGUAAUCUACAAGUCCCUAAAAUUAAGCAAAUAAUGUUCCGGAAAUAACAUGUGGGACAUUUCAUUCUGGGCCUCUGGGUGCCGCUGUCGGCCAGCCAGUAGCUGGAGUGAAGCAAAACAAUCCACUGGCGACUCUGACACAGCCAACUGUGUUUUGAGAAAUAUCUCAGGAGAAGAAUGCAGUCCUCUCCCCAAUAGUCUGUUCCAAAUAGGUCCCAAACGUCAGGAUAUUUAAUGACCCUGACCCUGAGUGAGCCGCUGCACCUCCACUUCCACCCCAGAGCGCCUUUGUAAUCCGGAAACAGAGAGCAACCGCAGCGAGGGUAUUCGGGUCUGAGCAGCACCGGGAACAAAAGAGGAAGAAGCCCUAUCCAUACACCGGCAGCUGGCAGCGCACAGGAAGCGCGAUUUCCCUGCCUGCUGACUUUAUACUGCCAAAAAACUUGGUGAUAUUCUUGGAAAGAAGUCUGUGAUUCUAAAUGUGGGGAAUCUGCAUCUCGGUGACCAGAAACUACUGGUAAGUGCUGAUAAUCCUCUUACCUACCAAAGAAAGCAGAGAUCUACUUGAGAAUGACAGGAUGGAUAUAGCAGAAAUGCCUAAGGAAGUGUCUAAGCCACUCGAAUUUGAAAAUCAAAUUCACUGAAAAUCAGAUGAAAGUUUUUGAUUCAUACAUAGUCAUCCUGGAUAUAAAUGAUAAUAUAAUGGCUUUUGGUACAAACAUUUUGUUUUGGAAAUUCUGGAAAACAGCUUAAUUGGUUCAUUGUUUAAAGCCAUCAGAUUUGGAUAUUGGUAGUAACUUUAACUUUAUUAGAUUAGUUUCAACAACCAUUCCUCCAACUCCCAGAACUAAAGGAGAGCACUCAAGCAAUAAAUAUUCUGAAUUGCUAUUGAAGAAACCUUGGAGCAGAGAACCAGAGCUGCCACUUCUUAGUGGUGAGCAUGGGACAGAACAGCUCUAAGCAAGAGAAAGCAUUGGAUGCAAAUGUCAGACCUUGCAUAUUGGACCAUGACAUACAGGGUAGAGCCCAGCCUGCAGAACAUACCCUUCACCACCUUGAAUUCUUCGAGUGAUCCUCCUUGAUCUGAUGACAUCUUUAAGGUAGAGUUCUCCUACACUUUCUGCACAGUCUUGCAGAGCAUACAGAAUAUACCUGCUGCUCCAAAAUUACAGUAAUGCUUGAAUUUGAAAAAAAAAUGACAGGAACAGCAUGAGAUAGAAAAUUAAGAGUGGAAGAGCUCGGGAGCUAUUUCAGAGUCCUAGUUGAAAUGAAGAUCCAGAACUAUAAUGCAAUACAGGUGACUCUCAGCCAGGUGUCUAGUCCUAUUAGAGAUUAGAACUGUGAUUGCCUAACCAGAACAACAGAACUGACCACCCUGCUUAAAUGAAGAGGUAAAAAUUCGUGUAGGGAGGAAUGAUCCCAUUGGCAAAAAAUUCACCUCCAAGAAUUAGUAUGUAAUUAUUUGUUACCUACUGAUGGAAUUCUAAGCUGGAAGAAGAUUCUAAUCUACAAUGUCACUAUCAGAGUCCCUCCCAUGUCCCCCAAAAUAAGCUAUCCUUGUCCUCCAGCACAAGCCUCACCCUGCAUGCUUUGAAAAUGCUCUGGUUUUCUGAAGGCCUCCUUUUUGAUCCAGGUGACCAGGAAUACCCACAGAGACCUUUAUCAAACAAUUUAGCACUUCUGACCAGGUCUUAGGGCUCUCCAUACCUCCUAUUUCUUCCUGACCAGAGAUCUGGCACUGAGAGGCACUGUUGUCCUAUGUUAGUGAGUGCAAAAUGCAGUGGUGUUCAUUGAUACUAACUUUGAACUGAUUCUGGGAGUAGUGAUCAGGGUUUAACAGGCUCAGUGUCAUCCUGAGCCUCCCUGUAAUGGUGAAUAACUUCUUUGAAAGUGCAAGGAGGAUGCUAUCAGGAGCUACAGCUAGAUGAGGCCUUCUUUGACACUGCACUGCACACUACAGUCCUGGUUAUCCAGUUACCAAAGUGGAGACCAACUGGGAACAAGAGUUGACUGUUCUACCACAUAUUUCAGGCCAGCUAACUUAGUUCUUCAACCUAGGGAUUCACAUUAGUUAUGUGUGUAUUAUGCUGCUAAUAGUAACAGAGACAGAGUUUUCUGGUCACCUCCCACAGUGACAAAUCAUCACACUGUGUCUGGUAUUGGCCAACAGUUAUCAGAAGUUGCUGCUAGAAACCGCUGCCAGACAGGCAGAACUUAAGUCUUACCUUGCUCUUGGUACUCUUCUUCACAAGGACUCCGGAUAUCACCCUACACCAGCAACACUCCUGUAGCCCUGACAGUAGGGGAUACUUUCAGCCUGGCCUCUAGUCCAAGAUAGGAUUUGGACUUGCCCCCAAUUUAAAAGAAGAAGUUUGCUUCCCUUCCUACAAUCUCUGUGUGGUUUCAAACAUAAAAUUUUUGUUCCUUAAAAUUAAUUCAAGCAUCUUUCAACUAGAUAUUCUCUAUAGUGUCAGCAAAAAAGAAGCCUUAAAUGUUACAUUGGAUUCAAAUGUAUUCGUGUGAGUUUUAAUAUAUUUAUUUAGUACAUCCUUUUGUAAAUCAUCACUGUUUGUCUUCUGUUGUUGAGUGUAGGGGGCACUUCAAGUUUAACUUUCUGGUUUUAUGUGUAUUUUGAUUUGUCUCAUUUGCUCACAAUUCACUCAGAGAAAAGUUUUGUGUGCAAUUAGUGUACGUUGUGUAAAGUUAUGGGGGUACCUAUUAAAGAGUUCCUUCCUUGCAAUAUUGAAGGAGGCUUAUUGCAUCUUCAAAUUACUACUACCCUUGGGCUUCAUAUACUUGUUUUUUAAAAAUUGAGAAACUGGGGCUGGGAUUGUGGCCAGUGGUAGACCACUUGCCUAGCAUGUGUGAGGCAAUAGUUUGAUUCCCAGCACCACAUGUGAAUAAAUAAAAUAAAGUCCACUGACAACCAAAUAAAUAUUUUUUAAAAAUAAGAAACUGCACAAUUGGUUUAACAAGAACAAAAAUUCUCUUAAUGAUUCCUGUGGCCUUUGAUUAUUUCUUUCCUCAUAUUCUGAAUCUUUCUUAAAAAUGAUGUCUAAGUGUUGGCUGCCAGGAUCUGGCUCAAGUUGUUCUUGAAAAUGUUCCUGAAAACUCUGGAGUGCAGAGAGCAUAUCAUUUAAUGGUUGGAUAAAGAUAAACAACUCACUCUAAGCCUGAGACAUUUUAGAUAGUAACCUUUUUCUAAUACUGCAAUGAGUAAAAGAAAGAAGCCAAUGUUCUCAUUUUCUUAAUUAAAAAAUACUGCUAUUUAAGAAAACCAAUUUCUUUGUAGAAAAUAUUGUGUGAUUAUUAGAGAAUAACACUAUCCUUAUAGACUGCCUUAAAAUAAAGAUUGUGGCCUUUUUUCUUUUCACUUAUGAAGAAUAUUGUCAUACCUGUCUCUUAAAUUUGAGUUCUAAAUUAUAUAUUCAUGUAAUGUUUGUAAAUGAAAUUCCAAGAGCCCAAGUUAUCUUAGUCAAAAUAUAUUAGCUUUGGAUGAAUUUAAUUUUUUAAAAAGCCCCACAAUAUAUAGACACUUCCAAAAGAGAAGAAAAAUAUGGAUCGAAUUAAAACAUCAUCUUCAAAAUCCCAAGGAUUUUGUGAAUAUUCAAAGCACGAUGGAAAAGAAACAGUGUGAUCCAAUUUUUGAAAGUUUAACUUACAUUCUAAAAGCUUUUCUCCCUCCAAUGUUUUUCAUCCUUCAAAAAGAAAUUGCUUUGUGUGACCUGACAAAUUAUCAAGUAGUCAAGAUAUACAACAGAGCCAGUUGCGGUGACUCAGGCCGGUAAUCCCAGCCAUCCAGGAGGCUGAGGCAGGAGGAUCAUGAGUUCAAAGCCAGCCUCAGUAAAUGCCAGUCGCUAAGCAACCCAGUGAGACCCUGUCUCUAAAUAAAAUUCAAAAUAGGGCUGGGGAUGUGGUGCAGUGGUCCAGUGCCCCUGAUUCCUCCUAGCAGAAAAAAACAUAUACAACAGAAAAGGUGGAGGGACAGUUUUCUCCUCUUUGUGGUAUGAGAAAGUUCUUAACCCUUAUUCCCUGAAUGGCAAACAGAGAAAGCAGAUAACUUGGCAAUACUGGGAUUCUCCCACAUAUUGCAAUUGGGUCACCUUUACAUACUUUUAAGUGAACAUCGCUUCUCCUUUUCUUACAUAUAUGGUAAAUGAUUAAUUAUUCCCUUUACAGUAAGCUAAGAUUUAGGAAAACAUGUUAUCAGGUGAACGAAAAAGCUUUUCUAGGAGUGCAGUAACUGGUUAGAACUCUGGGCGUCGCUGUUCACCAAUCUGGCAAUACCAGCACUACACGCACGCCCAAUUUAAAAAAAAAAAAAAAUUGUUCCUCUUUAGACCUUCAUCACUUGCCACGAAAUAAAAGUGUCUAUCUGAGGCUGCCCAAACCCUAAUUCUGGAUGACUCUGUGUUCGGAAUUGUCUUGAAAAUUGAGGUAAUGUAGCCUCUGAAAAGCAGAGAAAGGAUACCCUUUGAUGCUAGACUGAGAAAUUACGAAUCCAGAGAGCAAUGGCGAUUCCGGCGAAGCUGACCCGCUGCAGCGGGAUGGUGAUGCUGUGCCUUUUUCUGGAGCUGCUGUUGGCAGCCAGUGCCAGGAAUAUCCUAUACUCAGUGCCAGAAGAAACAGACAAAGGUUCCUUCGUGGGCAACAUUGCCAAGGACCUGGGGCUGGAGCCCCAGGAGCUGGCGGAGCGCGGAGUCCGCAUCGUCUCCAGAGGUAGGACGCAGCUUUUCUCUUUGAACCCGCGAAGCGGCAGCUUGGUCACCGCAGGCAGGAUAGACCGGGAGGAGCUCUGUGCCCAGAGCGCACGGUGUCUGGUGAGUUUUAACAUCCUUGUUGAGGAUGAAAUGAAACUUUUCCCUAUUGAAGUAGAAAUAAUUGAUAUUAAUGACAACACUCCACAAUUCCAGUUUGAAGAACUGGAAUUUAAAAUGAAUGAAAUAACGACUCCAGGUACCAGGAUCCCUCUUCCUUUUGGGAAAGACCUUGAUGUGGGUAUGAACUCACUCCAGAGCUACCAGCUCAGUUACAACCCUCAUUUCUCCCUGGAUGUGCAACAUGGACCUGAUGGGCCCCAACAUCCAGAGAUGGUGCUGCAGAGUCCGCUAGACAGAGAAGAAGAAGCUGUUCACCACCUUGUGCUCACUGCCUCUGAUGGGGGCAGCCCAGUUCAUUCAGGGACCGUCCGCAUUCGUGUUCAGGUGGUGGAUGUGAAUGAUAACCCUCCAGCCUUUACUCAGGCAGAAUAUCAAACGAGUGUCCCUGAAAAUGUCCCACUAGGCACCCAGUUACUCAUGGUAAAUGCCACUGAUCCAGAUGAGGGAGCCAAUGGAGAAGUAACAUACUCCUUUCAUAAUAUAGACCACAAAGUGGCCCAAGUAUUUCAGUUGAAUUCAUACACAGGAGAAAUAUCAAAUAAAGAACCACUGGAUUUUGAAGAAUACAAAAUUUAUCCAAUGGAAAUUCAAGCUCAGGAUGGUGCUGGACUCAUGGCCAGAGCUAAGGUGCUAAUCAAAGUUUUGGAUGUAAAUGAUAAUGCCCCAGAAGUGAGUAUCACUUCUGUUACCACUGCAGUCCCAGAAAAUUUUCCUCCUGGGACCAUAAUUGCUCUUAUCAAUGUGCAUGACCAGGACUCAGGAGAAAAUGGUCAUAUCACAUGCUCCAUUCCUGAAAAUCUACCUUUUAAAUUGGAAAAGUUAGUUGAUAAUUAUUACCGUUUAGUAACAGAAAGAACACUGGACAGAGAACUUACUUCUGAGUACAACAUCACAGUAACAGCAACAGAUCAGGGAAAUCCAACUCUGUCUACCCAAACUCACGUUUUGCUCCUAGUGACAGACAUCAAUGACAAUCCCCCGCUUUUCUAUCAGGACUUCUAUUCUAUCUACAUUCCUGAAAAUAACCCCAGAGGGGCCUCUAUCUUCUCAGUGAGAGCCCAGGAUAUCGACAGCAAUGAAAAUGCUCAAAUCACUUACUCCCUGGUGGAGGACAUCAUUCAGGGAGCACCUUUGUCCUCCUACCUCUCCAUCAACUCUGACACUGGGGUCAUUUACACAUUGCGAUCUUUUGACUAUGAACAGUUCCAGAACUUGCAACUGAGAGUGACAGCCCAAGAUAGUGGGAACCCACCACUCAGCAGCAAUGUGUCACUUAGCCUAUUCAUCCUGGACCAGAAUGACAAUACUCCAGAGAUCCUGUACCCUGUCCUUCCUACGGAUGGUUCCACUGGCGUAGAGCUGGCACCCCGCUCUGCAGAGCCUGGAUACCUGGUGACCAAAGUGGUGGCAGUAGACAGAGAUUCAGGUCAGAAUGCAUGGCUGUCCUAUCGCCUGCUCAAGGCCAGUGAGCCAGGGCUUUUCUCAGUGGGGCUGCACACAGGUGAGGUGCGUACAGCAAGGGCCCUGCUAGACAGAGAUGCUCUCAAGCAGAGUCUUGUGGUAGCUGUCCAGGACCAUGGCCAGCCCCUUCUUUCAGCCACAGUCACACUCACCAUAGCUGUGGCAGACAGCAUCCCUGACAUCCUGGCAGACCUGAGCAGCAUCAGUACCAUUGCCAACCCUGAAGACUCAGACCUCACGCUGUACCUGGUGGUGGCAGUGGCUACUGUCUCCUGUGUCUUUCUUGCUUUUGUCACUGUGCUGCUGGCACUCAGACUUCGGCGCUGGCACUCAACACGUUUGCUCCAGGCAGCAGGCAGUGGGUUAGAAGGCAUGCCUGCCUCACACUUUGUGGGCAUAGAAGGAGUUCGUGCUUUCCUGCAGACCUAUUCCCACGAGGUCUCCCUCACCACGGACUCCAGGAAGAGUCACCUGAUCUUCCCUCAGCCCAACUAUGCAGACACACUCAUCAGUCAGGAGAGCUGUGAGAAAAAGGAUUUUCUAUCAGUACCGCAGUCUUUACUUGAAGAUAAAAAGGAAAUAUUUUCUCAGGUAAUCUUGUAGUAACUUUAUAAACUAUCUAGAUUUAAGUAAUUUUUUUUUACUUACUUACUUUCACUUUUUACUACAGUUUUUUUUUCUCAUGUGCCCUAGUAGAUUUCUAUUACAAUCAUUGGAGAAUCGUGAUUAAACAGGAUUACAAUUUACAUUCAUUAUUUAUUAUUAUUUUCACAUUGAAAAGACAUCUGUAAUCAUAGGUAGGAGAUAGAGAAGAAGAGUAGGUGUAUAGUGCUGCAUGUUCUUUUGGAAAGAGCACCAUACUAGGAAAUCAGGAAAUCUAGCUUCUAACAUUUUCUGGCUUGAUUCUGGCCAAAUUAUUUCAUUGUUUUGAGUUUAUUGUCUUCUUAUCUGAAAGAAAUGGAGUUUAUCUAGAAAAGGCUGGCCAAUAUUUAGAAGACUAAUACUACUUUCUCAUUUCCUUAAGUUAUAAGCAUCUGAUAAUUUAUUUAAAGCAGAUAUCAUCUGUCAGGAUGUUGUAGUAUUUUAUUUAGCAACAUUUGAAAAGGUGAAGAUUGUCUAAAGUAGUAUUUUCAGUUAUGUUAAUUUAAAAUUACAGAAAUUGAUAUAAGCUGCAAUUUUAAAUUGUUGUUGAAUAUCUUGGUCCUUUGUUUAAUCUUUUAUUAUGAGAUAUUUUAUGAAUGCUGAAGAAUACAUCAAUUUAAGUAAUUUCCAAAAUGAGGGACAAAGUGAACCACAGAAAAUUUAUCUUGCAACUUGAGAACUUUUAAAGCCUCCUUAUUGUACAUUAUGCCUGUAAUGAAAAUGACUAACAAAAAUCAAGUAUAUAUUCCAUUUUAAGUUGUAUUAACUCAACAGGAAGAAAUACAUUGUAAAGGAGUAAGCCCAAAAGAAGUGAUAGGAAUACAUUUUGAUGAUAUUUGCCAUCCUGACUUGUUUACAGACUCUAACAAUUUAUCUGUAUAUCCACAUUCAUGGCAACAUUAUUCACAACAGCCAAAAGGUGGAAGCACUCCCAAGUGCCCACUGACAGAUGGAUGGAUAAACAAAAUGUUAUAUAUGUGUGUGUAUACACACAUGUACAUCAUAUACAUAUAUACAAAUAUACAUACAUACAUGUAUAAAUACAGAUUAAAAAGGAAGGAAAAGGGGGAAAUUUUGCCGUAAUGAGACACGAUGAACAUUAGAGACAUUGUACUAGGUGAAAUACCAGUCAUAGAAGGACAAAUACUGUAGGAUUCCUCUUAUAUGAGGCUCCUACAUUAUUCAAAUUCACAGAGACAAAAGUAGAAUUAUGGUUGCCAAGUGCUGGAGGGAGGGGAACAGGAGCUUGUGUUUAAUACAGAGUUUCAGUUGGGGAGGAUGAAACAGUUCUGGGGGUGAAUAGUGGUGAUAGUUACACAAUAAUGUAAUAUGAUUGUAUUUAAUGUCACGAAUCACAACUUAAAGUGAUCAAAGUGGGAAAUUUUGUUAUAUGUACUUUACUGCAAAUUUUCAAGAAAUCAAGUCCACUUACCCUGCUGGUAAGAUGAUGUUUUUUUAAAAUCCACAUGUAAAAGCUAUGUGGAGAAGGAGAGGCCAUGAGACUAUAAAAACAGUCUCCCAGAUACCUCAGUAUACCAGCUGAGCCCAGUCCUCAGAUGAUGCUAUACAGUGACCACAAGCAAGCUAGCAAAAGAACUGAAACAACUCAUCCCGUCCCAGAUGGAAGAUUAUUGAACAAAUGAAUCCAAGUUGUAUUAAGCCACUAAAUUUUAGGAAUGGUUUAUUAUACAGCAAAGAUAACUGAAGCAAUGUGCAUGUGACUUGACCCAGGAAUGGUUUCUAGUUGAUAUCCUUGGCCUAGGAAAAAAUUUGUAUAUAUGGAGAGAUGUCUAGUUUUUGCCUGUUGGUGCAAUAACAAAGAGGAAAAAGAGGGAAGGAAAUCAAAAGAAAAGAAAGUAUCAUGAAAUAAGUAAUUUAAUACCCUAUUAUAGAUAAACAGGAAUACAUUUUUAUGAUUUUUCACAUUAAUGUGGUUUUAUACAGCAAAUAAAAAGAAUGUAACAUAAAUAAAUUUCAAAAUGUAAUGAUGAGGAGAAAGUGACUCACAGAAUAAAUAUGGCAUGCUACUAUUGAAUUUCAAAUAAGCAAAAAUGUAUGGAUGCAAGUAUAUGUAGUUAAAGAAUAAAAACAUGGAGCUGGAGAUAUAGCUCAGAGGUAGAACACUUGAUAUGGUCUUGGGAUCAAUCCCUAACACUGCAAAAUAUAAAAUAAAAGCAUGGAUGGGAAUAAUAAAUGUGGUUCUGUAUCCUGGAUGUUGAUUAGUUCUACAGAGGGAGAAAUGUGGCUGUUACUAAAAAAGAGUACAAAAAUACCUCAUCUCUUCCCAUGGUUUCAUUUUUAAAAUUUCAGGAAAGAAUUAUAAAUGGUCAAUGCCUUUUUAGAAAUGGAGUAUUUACCUUAGUCUCAAAGUAUCUCUCUGUAAGAAAGUUAUUAAUUACAAAGGGAAACACAAUAAUUUUACAAUAGGGAGAGCUGGAAGUUACAAGGAAGUUACCCUAGUGAUCAAAGUUAAUAUUAACAGUACUGGGACAAAUAUAUCAUGUACCUCCUGAUAAGAUGCACUGAGAAGAAUACAUCAUCAUUCCUGUAGUAUUUGUGCUAUAACCUGAAUCUAAUCAGGAAAAAGAAUCAGAUAAACCCUAAUGAAAGACAUUUUACAAAAUGCUGACUAGUGUUCUUCAAAAGUAUAAAGUCAUGGAAUAUUUAAAAAGCCUGAUAAACUGCCUCAGAUUAAGUGCUACUAAAAAGACAUAAUUAAAUGCAGUGUGUGGCCCUGGAUUGGAUCCUAAGCCAGACAAUUUUUAUUUUGCUUUAAAAUGUCAUUAUUAUAACAACUAACAAAAAUCUGAUAAUUUUUAUCAUAUUUUGGUAAUGGUAGAAUGUUCUUAAUUCUAAAAAAAUACAAGGAAGUAUUUUAAAAUGAAGUAUCAUGUCUGAAACUUACUCUGAUUCUGGGGUGGCAGGGGAGAACAUGAAACCAAAAUGUUAAUAUUUGGGGAAAUGUGAGUGAAGACAUGAAAUCCAUAUCCUCAGAUUUCAUGUCUGUCGAUUCAACCAAUCAUAGAUUGAAAAUAUUUGAAAAAAAAAUUACAUCUAUAUUGAACAUGUACAGGCAAUCUUGUCAUUAUUCCCUAAACAAUAAAGUAUAACAACUAUUUAUAUAGCAUUUACAUCAUAUUAGGUAUUAUUUGUAAUCUAGAGAUGACUUAAAGUGUACAGAAGGAUAUACAUGGAAAUGCUAUGCUAUUUUAUAUACAAGACUUGAGUAUCCUUAGAUUUCAGUAUCUACUAGAGCCCUAGAGCUAAUCCUCCUCAGAUAUCAAGGGAUAACUAUACAUGAGAAUUCUUUGCGCUGUUUUUAUAACUUUUCUAUAAAUCUGAAAUUACUCAAAAUAAGGUUUGAAAACCAAUCUCAUUUACAUAUGGCAACAUGUCAAGAUUUGAUAAAGUCAACUGGUAUGCACAUAAACUUUGACCAUUGUAUUUUCUGUACUAGUCUGUAUUUUUUAAAUUUUUCAAAUAUAUUUUUGAAAUAAACAUAUUAUACAGGAGUACAUAAAAAUGCAAAAGACACACAUGUGUUGUAUUUUAUGCCCUUAGAAAAAAUAAAUAUCAGGAAAAGGAAUUAGCAACCUCAGACAUCUUUGAAUGAUUGAUUCCUAGGCUAUGAUGAGAACCCCUUCCUGCUCAAGUUUUAUCUAAUUAACAAAGCCAUCUUCAGUUUCCAUAACAUUCCAUGCUGUCUCUGAGAUUCUAGAACAUUAUUCAAGCCUCUUUGUCUAUCCAAUUGCACUGUUUAGGAUUCAUCUCCAAUCAUGUCCUGGAAGUCUUUCUUGAUCCCUAAAUAUAGGCUGAAUAGCCUACCUCUGUAUGCCCCCAUUGCCCACCUUAUGUCAUAGCCGUUAUUAUACUCUAUAAUAAGACCUUCUUUACUAUUGUGUGUCCUCUCCAAUCUUUCAAGUUUCCUGAGAACAGGUUCAUUGUUUCCAUCUCCAGCCUGGAUCAAAUAAAGUGUGAAGUACAUAUGCCAAAUUAAGGGUCUGAUGAUUCAGUAAAUACAGAUUUGGAACUUGAAUCCGAAACCAUCAAGCACAGAAAUUCAAAACAUAUAACCUUAGAAGAAAAUAUAGCUAGUGUUUUUAAAUGGAUCUUUUUUUUUUUUUUGUCUCUGUACAAAUAAGGGGUGGAAAAUGUUUGAAACGAGAGCAACUGUAGAGUUAAUUACUUGAGCAUUCAAUAAUACUCUAGCAACUACUAUCAAGGUCACAUACACUUAGACCACUGUUAUUAAUUCUGAGAAGAAGAGUUCUAGCUUCAAAGAUUUAUUUCUAAAGUGUCUUAGGACUGUAAUUGUCUUUAAAGCAAUUUUUAAAAAGUCACAGCCAAACAUCAACAAGAUAUAACCGGGAUUUGCCUGAGCGGGUGCAGAAACUAUCUAGGCCUCUGAGCGUCGCUGUUUACCACAUAAGGAGUAAAAGGCAGGGAGACAACCAACCCAACAAUACCGCUUCCACAACAUAAAGGGCUGGCAUUUGGUCCGCAAGCUCCGGGAUGGCGAAGAAACUCAGUCCGGCAGCCCGUUAGUUCUCACCACGGAGACCUGGGUCUUGUAGGUGCUGGUUGUCUCAGACCCUGGGAAAUAAAGAUCGGCGGAAUUCCUCACUGGAUGCUGGAAGUGGACUUAAAAGAAAACACCGCGGCUCUGCAAAGGGAAAUGGCGUCUCUGCAAAGGUCACUGCACUACAGAAGUCUGGUCCUGCUGUGUCUUCUCUUGGCCGACCUUUGGGAGGCAGAAGCUGGGCAAAUUCGCUAUUCUGUGCCAGAGGAGAUCGACAAAGGCUCCUUCGU